UUCUCACGGUUUUGGGGACCGGCGCUGGCAAGGGUUUGCACACGUUUGGUCUGCGUGCUGUAUCAAUGCAUGACACUCCAUCGCAACUUAUCUGGAAAACACUGGCCGGGGACACAGGCACCCCGGAAAAAGACAAAACAAAAAGGAAAGAAGCAGGGGGAAACUUGACCUGCACACGCUCGUACAACACAUACUUAUACAUACUCACGACUUGUUUGCUGUUUGUUUUUUCGUGGCUGAUUAGGUCGCGGACUACCCACAUCGGUGAUUUCUCGGACGAGCCAGAACUUCGGUUCGACAGCAUGAAGGAGAAGUCCAAGAACGCCGCCCGGACCCGACGGGAGAAAGAAAACGCCGAGUUCUUCGAGCUAGCCAAGUUGUUGCCUCUACCGUCUGCCAUUACAACCCAGCUGGACAAAGCCUCCAUCAUACGGCUAACUACCAGCUACCUCAAGAUGAGGGCUCUCUUCCCCGAAGGACUGGGAGACUCAUGGGGUAGUCGAAUAUCUCCAUCCCACGUAGACAGCAUGGCCAAGGAGUUGGGAGCGCAUCUCCUGCAGACACUCGAUGGCUUCAUUUUUGUUGUUUCUCCCGAUGGCAAAAUUAUUUACAUCUCCGAAACGGCGUCAGUACAUCUGGGUCUGUCACAGGUUGAGCUUACUGGCAACAGUAUCUACGAGUACAUUCAUCCGGCCGAUCAUGACGAAAUGACGGCUCUAUUGACGGCCCACCAACCAUAUCACACGCACGUACUCUCGGAUUAUGAGAUUGAGAGGCAGUUCUUUCUACGGAUGAAGUGUGUGCUAGCCAAGCGCAAUGCCGGGCUUACGUCGGGUGGAUAUAAGGUGAUUCAUUGCUAUGGAUACCUGAAGAUCAAGCAGUACUCCAUGGACGUGGCCCCGUACGAUGGAUGCUACCAGAAUGUCGGCCUGGUCGCCGUGGGUCACUCGCUGCCACCCAGCUCGCUCACGGAAGUCAAGAUGUAUAACAACAUGUUCAUGUUCAGGGCCAGCCUUGACAUGAAAUUGAUCUUCCUUGAUGGAAAGGUCGCACAGCUGACGGGGUACGAGCCGCAAGACCUCAUUGAGAAGACGCUUUACCAAUUCCUUCACGCCACCGACAUACUGCAUAUCCGGUACGCCCACCAUACAUUGCUGGUCAAGGGUCAAGUAACAACCAAGUACUACCGGUUCUUGGCUAAGCAUGGCGGCUGGGUGUGGAUGCAGAGCUCGGCCACCAUCGUGCACAACAGCCGGUCAUCGCGCCCUCACUGUAUUGUCAGCGUCAACACUGUCCUGAGUAAUAUUGAGGACAAAGAGCUGAUUCUCCAGCUAGAUCAGCUCCAGGCCAAGACGGAGUCUGCUUACACCAGCCUUCAAGAGAAAAACCGACCAACCAAAAGCCACCGAUCAAAAUCGAAGAGCAAAGCCAAGUUCACACCGUACCAACUUCCGACGCAGCCAGUAAUGUACGGGGAGGCCGCAUCCAGUGCGGACUACACGCAAGCUAAGGCGUACGCACAGUACGCAGCGGCAACUACGUGUGAUGUGCCCAUGCCUGCGGCUCAGUACGCGUCCGUCCCGUAUCAGGAAGGCAUUGAGCGCUACAACGCGAUGUACCCUCACGCCGGCUACACGGCUGGUUACCAGCACAAUAUGUACGCGGACAGUCCGUACAACUACAGUAACUCCUUUGCAUACCCUUCUGCGGAGGCCUAUGCACACUGUAUGAACGAAAGGUUACAAGGGUACCGCGGACAUUACGGAGAUGAUCGGUACUAUGCAGCUUCCGCGGACCCCAGGGGAUAUUACCAUCACUGGACUGCAUCCACAGACAGGCAACUAUCGCAGGCCCAAGAGUACCAUUCAGACGUGUCCGGCUCAAACGUGGCGAGUAAGAAAAGUUCUACGCAUGUGCAAUCGGAGCAUGAGCGGCUCCAGGAAGCCAAUCCCGUGUCGUGUUGCAACGGGGCUGCCGUUGCCACCGAAAGCAACCAAUCGGAGCUGCUCUUACCGCAGUGCGGGCACGUGCCCAACGUGUCCUCACCUUCGCAAGGACGCCCCCAGCACGAGCAGCUGCCUGAACUGACGUCGUGUCAGAGGCAGUCACCUUUACUCCCCAGACGCAGUCCAUCCAACACCUCUGACAUAUCGCCAAGGAGAUACCACGGCCGUCCAAGCAUCAGGGAGACCCAGGAGCCUGUGGAAACCAACGGUAUGCCUUCUUCGUCCAAGUUCGACAGCCUGGUUCAGGCCACUCAGAGACUCGUCAAGGACGAGCAGAGCAAAAAGCAGCCGCGGACAAAAUCCUCCACGGCGGGACAGCCUGCCGACACGGCGUACGGUCAGCGGUCCAGUUCAGCCGGCAGUGCCGAGCAGUCGUGUCGCCAGAGCAGCCCACUACAAGUAGACUCCCUGCCGGCACGGUCGAGCGCACGAACUCAACAUCACAGCAUGGAAAACGGUGGCGAGAUCGAAGGCAGACGAUCUCGAGACUACCACAACCAUGUCGACACCCAUCGCUCGUCAUUUAUGAGUACAUCUGAACACACGCCGAUCUACCCGAUGACCUUCUCGCGAGCGGACCACUCGUUGAGCAAUCGAAACAGCAUAACUGACCUUCAAGACAGGGGCUCCGACACUGCCAGCUCUUUGUACAGCGCCACCAAGGAACAUUCCACAUGCUACUUCAACGAUGCCGCCAGCAGGGCCUACCUAGCAUUCACCGAUGGUGGCGCUCUGUCGAGUUUGCGGCGGAGCGGGAAGGAGCACAGCUUCAUGCACACGAAUAGUGCCAUCUGUGACAGAGCUGCCAUGGGAUGGUACAGUAACGGCGCACACGCCCACAAAGAGCACAUGACAAACGGAUACGCCUACUAGCACACACGUAACAUUUAACAACAGUCACGUGUGCUGCAUGAUGUGGCGCAUGCGUCGAGGCUCCCAAUCUGAGCUGUCCUCGCAACAUUUCGGAUAUUGCACCUUCACGUUUUGUCAGGCUUCUCUGGUGCAACAGAUCUCAUGCUAUUUGUGUGUGUUAGCCUUCAAUCACUCUCUGUGAAUAGUACUGAAAAUUUCAAACUAGUGAGCAUUAAUAAUCAAACCAGUUUUAUUGUCUCUCAGUACUGCCUCGUUAACAUGGUGUUACAUCUUUUUGCGACCAAUAAAAUCUUGUGUAUCUAGGGUUGGAUCCUUCUGUUCAAGCGCUACUGACCAUGUUAUUUUCAACAUGGCACUGAAUUUGUUCAAAAUCGCUUUUUUAAUUGCAAACAGCUUGCUUUUACUAAACUUUUUGGAACAAUAACAGGUAUAUUAGCAGAUGCAAAUUGCAUGUCAAAGGUCAGCUAGGGUACCCAAGAAUUGAAAACAUCCUGUUUGUUCAUUUUCACCUGGAUCGUAAUACAGAGGAUCAGUUUCGGGGUUCUUUUGCAUUUGAGGUUUGGAAUUGAUGCAGUCCACUAGCUCUGAAAGUGUGGAAUCGAAUGCAAUGGAAUUGUUGUCUAAAUUUUCAACGGGUGUAUUCAGGAAUACCAAACUGAAUUAGCCUGUGCUUAUGUGAAAUGAAGUAUUUGCCACUCAUGGUAUCAGCAAGUUCAAAUUGGUAGAUUUGUCCCAACAACCUGAUUUCUUCUUCGGGCCCUAUUAAAAAGCAAAAACUGUUAGAUUAUUGAAGUGAGAGACCCAGGCUAACUGUCGGGUCUUUUUUAUGCAACUGACCUUCACAUUGUGAUAUGCCUAACGAAGAUGAGGAUUGCUCGUAUGACGUUGAGCGUAAAUGUUGCAUAGGUCAUUCCUUAACACAACAUUAGGCCAAAGUUGGAGCCAAGGCUGAGAAAAAUGUAUAGUUGGGGGGGGGGCGGUCCCGAUCUAUGUACUUAAGUCUGCGGACAAGACAGUGAAACUGACAAAUAAGCGAUGAUUAGGUUUGGUCGUAGCCGAUAUGACAAGUGUUUCGGCCAUGUGGCCACAACUUACUGCGCUCAAAAGCAAACCCCCUGUUCGUUUGUGUGACAAUAUUGGUGUCGUAAGAUUGCAAUUGCCCGUACUACCUUAUGGUCGCCAUGAAGCGACCCAGUAAGCCCCGCCCACUGCGCACCUGAGCAUUUACUUCUUUCCAGUACCUCACUGCAUGUUUCAGUCACGCCAGUCAUACGCACGGGUGUCGGACUGCCGUUCCUCAAUCACAGCUGUGAUUGGUUCAAAGACCACGGGGUGGGGCUUAAAUUGGUCCAUCGGGCAGAAAAGUCUAGACCGGCUAUUUUAUCCAUCGUACGUGGCAUACGAUGCAAGGCAAAAUGUCUGGUGGGGCCGGCAAUACUUUGUGCUUUUAUAAAAGCAAGAGUGGACGGUGGGUGGGGGGUUGACGGGCCGUGGCUGCAUUUUAUUUUCCAUUCCUUCAAAAAGACCAUAGUUGAAUGACAAAUUUCCAAUCUUUACCCCCAAGCCCCCCCCCCACGAGACUUUGUUCUGGAUGCCACAUUUAUAUAAAAGUGUGACUUCCGGUCGCGACAGUCAGGACCUCCUGUUGUUCACUGCAAUAUACCCCAGUGGUCGUAAAUACGGCCCUCCUCAUCAUAGGGAAGCCAUAGCCUUGAAACCUUUUAGCUCGUUCUGCUGUGUCAGUUGAGUCUUGGGUUACUUUUGUUUGGCCUGCUGGUUAUAAACAAUCAGUUUUAAAACAGUUGAUUAUGUCUCUAGACAGGAGUGUUGCGGAAAAUAAUUUUUUGGGGGGUCAACUUGAAAUUUAGUUUGGGAUGCUUACAAACGAACCUGCUUCAUACAGCACAGACAAAAAUGUAGGUCUCUCUGCCAUCAUAGCUUUUACUUCUUAAUUAAUUGUACAGGUUAUAGUCCUGAACCCUGUAAGGAUUUCAUGCUAAUUUUUGUUUGAUUUAUUUAUUGUCCUCUUAACUAAAAAGUUGGUUUCUCUUGCCACUUGUACGUAUACAUUUUUGUCAGUGUAACUUAUACAUACUUGUGUCAGUUUUAUCAGAUAAACACUAUUGAGAUAUAGAUAGAACCACGGUGGAAUAAAAUAUU